AACAAAUAAAUAAUAAAAAAUAAAUAAAUUAUACCAAAUGACAGAUAAUUAAGUCACUUCCUUAUUCCUUAACUUCUAGAAUAACAGGAAAUACUUAGCAUAGCAUGCCAUUCAUCCAUUAAUUUUUAAAAGAAACGAUGUUUCUGCAUUUUAUUUAUAAGAAUAUCAUUUUUAGUGAAUAAUAUAAAAUGAUGCUUUGUUAUCGAAAAAAUAAUAAUUGAGCGACAAAAAAUAUUUUUUUAUGCCGAAAAAAAACAUUUCGUGAUAUAUUUAUUUUUUAUUUAUUCUUUUCUCUCUUUUUUUUAAAAUAUUAUAGAAAAAAUUUAAUUAAAAUUAUAUAUAUUUUAGUAUUCUUGUAGUUUUGUUUUUGUCUGAAAGAAUAAAUUAAUUUUUGCAAGAACGUCAUUACGAAAUAUAGCAGCUAAACGAAUUAAAUAAAUAUUUUAAAAUUUUUUUUAAUAAUAAUUAUUUUUUUUUUUUUAUAAACAAUUUUUACGUUUUACUGAAUUGAUUUACUCUAUUUGGAGCUAAACAAAAAACGUAAUAUUAUCAAUCAUUUUAGUUAUGCUAAUUUAAUAGAAAAAAAAACUUUUUUAAUAGUUUUUUAUUUCUAGGCAAUUUAUUCCUACAUAUUUCUGUACUACAUAUAACAACCCUUUUUCUUUCUUUCUUUUUUUUUUUUUUUUUUUUUUACUUCAAAAUUAAGAAUACCUACUAAACAAGAUGGUUAACACAAAUUCUAGUAACAUCUCUCUCUUCGCCCAAAAUGAAGUAAGAAACACUGAAAACGUUGUAGCAGCUAAGGAUUCUAGUUCAUCCGUAAAGGGCACCUGGGCAGGCCACAAAACUAACAAUGGCAAUAAGUUCCCAUUCUAUCUCAAACUUUCCAUGUUUGGUGUUUUAUUUUUGGUGUUGCAAUGCUUCAAUGAGAAUGCCUUCGGAAACACUUUUGAGUGUGAAACCAGAAUGCAAGAAGGAGCCUUUGACUUGGGGGUUAGUCGAAACUUGGGAGAAACCUCAAAGAAGGCAUCCACUUCAAAACAAGCAGUAAAAGCAGGAAGCUCCUCAAAUGAUGAAGAGGCGGAAGAUGAAGAUGAUGAUAAAGAUAAGUACAGAAAAAUGGCAGAAGAAGCUUACAAGCAAAAGGUAGAAGAAAGGUAUAAAAUCAUGUCAGACGAUAAACCUACACGCGUCCCAGGACCAAGACACAAUCACCAGGGACCACCCAAAUUGUCUGAGCAAGAACUUAUACAGUUAUUAAGAAUGUUACCACCUCCACCACAGGCUAUGCAAAAAAGACCAAGAAAUGUACCAGGCCCAAGUGGAGAUAGAAGAAUGCCAUUUGACAGCCCAGAACAAAUGUUACAAUUUUUAAAAUUUAUGAACGACAGACAAAACAUGAUGGCUGGUAACAACAACGCCUGUUGCAAUUUUGGUGAAUGUGAAGAAGAAGAAGAGGAAGAUAAAUCCAUCAUAAAGAAUAUAAUUCGUGAUGUAAGUAAUGUUGCUCCACUUAUAUUGCCUGCCCUCCCACCUCUCCUCAUGAUGUUCAUUGGAACCCAAAGAACCUACUUAUUGUUAUACACCCUAUCUUUAGUAAAAGAUGCUUACAAUUUUUUACAAAGAGUAAAAAAUUAA